AGUUUCCACCUUGGGCCGCGCGGGAGCUCCAGAGUAAGACGUUUAAGGGGCCGAAGGGGCGCAGCAAGGCCGGCUACCAGGGCUCACCCGGCCGCGCCGCCGCCCGGAGGCGUUGGCCGCCGGAGCUGCCUUGCAAGGGGGCACAGGUGCAGAGAGAGAAGGAGAAACUCUGGAUGCCCUGGAAUGGGCUCAUUGUGAUUGGGAAGAGGAUAGAGCUCCAGGGAAGAAACACAGCAAAGCCUAGAAUGGGAGACCCAAAGCAUGAGUCUGAGUACUGGAGACCAGAGGGCGUAGGAAAGUUGGUGUUGAAAGAGAAAUCAGAAGUGAGUCAGGAGGAGAUGGACGGGAAGGGACUGCGUAGCCCAGCAAGUCCAUCACAGGUUUCUGCAGAUCUGGGGAAAGAGGGCCCAGGAGAGGGUGAGGAAAAGCAAGAGGCCAAAGGGAAAACUGGGACCGAAGCUAGUGCGGAGACGAUAGCAGAGUCUAGGAGGGAAUUUAUGUCUGAAGAGAGGCCAGAGAUGACGGUAGAGACUAGGAGGGGGUCUGCGUCUGAAGAGAGGUUGGGACCCACGGUCUUGAAAGAGCAGUCAGAAUUUGGUCAGGAAGAGAUAGACGAGAAGGGACCGCAUAGCGUAGCAAGUGCAUCACAGGCCUCUGCAGACACGGGGAGAGACAGCCCAAGAGAGACUGAGGAAAAGCAAGAAGUCAGAAAGGAAACUGGGGCUGAAUCUGGUGCCGAGGUGAUAGAAGAAUCUAGGAGGGCAUCUGUGUCUGAAGAGAGGUCAGAAGUGACAGCAGGGUCCAGUAGGGGGUCUGUGUCUGAAGAGAGGUUAGAGGUGAUAGAAGAAUCUGCAUCUGAAAAGAGGCCGGAGGUCACCCCAGAGUCUAGGAGGGGAUCUGCGUCUGAAGAGAGGCUGGAGGUCACCCCAGAGUCUAGGAGGGAGUCUGGAGAGAGGUUGGGUUCUAUGGAGGACAAGGUGGGGACCAGUGGAGAGGAUAUGAGAUCCAGAGGGGAUCAACUGGGACAGGAUGAGCUGAGGUCAAGUGGAGAGAGUCUGGAGUACAAAAAAGAGAAGCAGAAGUCCACUGGAGAGAAGCGGGCGCCCAUUAGAGAAAGGCGUAGGUCCAUUAUAGAGAAGCCUAUGUUCAGGGCUGAGAGGCGGGGCUCCACUUUUGAGAAGCCGACAUUCAGGGGAGAGAGGCGGGGAUCCAUUUUAGAGAAGCCAAUGCAUGGGGGAGAGAGGCGAGGGCCGGUUAUAGAGAAGCCAGUAUUCAGGACGGAGAGGCGGGGCUCCACUUUUGAGAAGCCAGUAUUAAGGGCAGACAGGCGGAAAUCCAGUGCAGAGAAGUCAAAGAUGCAUCGAGAGAAACUAAGGCUCAAUAGAGAAAAUUUGAGAGCUGGUGAUAAAAUGGUGUCAGGUGUGGAGGAACAGGGAUCUAGUGGGGAGAAUUUGGAGGACGGUCCAAGAAUGGAAAAUGUUAGUGAAGAGGACAUUGAAAAACUACAAGAAGCUACUAGUGAUGAAAAAGUGAUAGAAGUUACCAACGAGGAAAUGGAAAUUCCUUUUGAAAGUAUGGGUGAGAGAGAUGAAAAGCUAGAAGAGAUUGAGGAAAAAGAAGUUGAUGAGGAUAACUUGCGUGAAACAGAAGAUAUUACUGGUGAAUCUGUGUCUAUGGGUGAGAAGGAUGUGAUAGAGGAAAUAGAUGAAGAGCCCAGUGAAUGAGGCAGUGGAAGGACUGAAGCUGAGAGAGUAUUGAAAGUAAAAGAGAAAAAGUUAGAGCUCAGCACAACGUUAUUGAUAAUGAAGGGGUAAAAGGGAGAGAAAAGGAGACUCUGAGCCCAAAAGAAGAGUGGGAAUUGAAACGGUUCCUGGGCAUGAAGUGAGGCCAUUCAAGGAAAGCUAAGAAGAAUGGUAGAGAGGGAAACAGGAGCAUUGUAAGAAGAAAGACAAGAUUGGGUAAUGAGUUGAUGGGUAAAGGAAAAUUGGAUAUUGGGUUCUUGAAAAGCUGUUUGAGAAGUGAACUACGGAUGGGCUAAAAUACUUUCAUCUGAACAUGAUUGGGUGUACCACAUGGAGAAGAAUGCCUAGUGAGGAAAAGCAGGACGAGAACAGGGUAAAGGACAGAUAUUGAGGGCUGUAAAGAAGAAGCAGGUUGAAGUGACCAAACUAUCUGAAAGUGGAUCCUGAAAAAUGACAGGCUUCAAAGUGACAAGAGAAGAAAUGAGCACACUUUAAUGUUCGAGAAAAACAUCUGUGCCUUUCUGAGAUCAUCACUCCCAGCCUCCUCUAGUGAUUCUGCAAGCUAAGGAUUUGACAUCUCUCUUAUAAGAGACCUGCGUGGCACAAGAUGCGUUCCAUCAAGGCCACAGAUGGACAAAUGAAGAUCAAGACACGGUGACAAAUUCCAGCUACUUCGAACCAUUCCGGAUGCCAGGAUGAUCAUUGCAGAGAACAAAACUGGCCCUGUUGUCUUGGAGCUUACAUUAUCAUGGAAGCAAACACAGUCAGAGUCAAUGUAUAAAAUAUUCUAAGAAUUUUGAAGAAAAAUCAAGCUGGGCCUGUACCAGUUCUUAUGAUUCAUCCCUGUGUUUAUUCAAUGGAUAUUUAUUGACCACUUACUGUACAUAAAGUGCUAUGCUAGAUACUACUGUGGUGUGGGACAGCAAGGUCAUGCAUAGCCCUGUGUAUUAACAACACUGUCCUGGAACUCUGGAAAAAGUGGUGACCAAGUGUUCAGCUACAGUCUUGUUCUGUCUUAGUCUCCAGGCUGGCAUGGAUCAGAAAUGGAGGAGAAUAUUGCAGCAGCAGCCCAAAUGUUAGCUCUGAAAAACAAAUGGAUACGGAAGAACAAACGAGCACCUUGAGAUCCAACCAUGGCCUAAAGAGGCUGCAGAUGAGUUGCCUCACCCUGAGGUGCCUCUCGGGGAGCCCUGGAGGCUCUGACCGACUGGAGUCACAUGUGGAACAGGGCUGCUGACAGGGUGUUUCAUGAGCUCGUUAUCCUGUCAGCGAGACACUACACAGCGUUUGUUUGCCAAAUUGUGGUAUAUUAUGCAAAUCUAAGUUCAAUUAAAUUAAUGCUUAGAAAUACAGAUGGGAAAAGCUAAAACAGCCCUGUAACAAAGCGUGAUUACUGAGAUUAUAGUGCUUUGAACUUGAACAUUAGAGAAUCUUUCAAAUUUGUAGGAUUAAGCAGGCGGAGUACCCCUCUCUUAGGAGAAACAUGAACAUUAGUAAAGGAUCCCAGCACUGUAGGAGAGGUAUUUUGGGUAGCUUGGAGUUGACUUAUGAGGGAAGGAAAGAGCCAAAACAUCUUCCAAUACCAAGGGUAAAUUUCCUCUCCACAAAACACUGGAGUUAGAUUGUCUGGGUUGGUUAACUGGGCAGAAAAGUAAACUGUGAGGAAGAAACCCACGCAUGGCUCUGGAGGAAGUGGUCAGGGUGAACACCGCGCAGGAGCCUCUUUGAUUUCCAAAGAGCUGAGCCCCAGACCUUGCUGUGAGAUGUGAAGAGUCACUCCAAAUGUAUAAGCUCAUUAAACAAGUACUUUUGACUGUCUACAUGUAUGGCUUUAAAAACUAACUACACAGACUGCUUCCAGCCACACCUACACCUUCUCCAACCACUUAGCUGACAGUUUCUUCUUCUAAUUACUCAAGUGAGCGUCUCUCUUAUUUACACAGCUUGUGGAAGGCAUAGCAGAAGAGAUUUGCCUGCAGAACAUAGUAGUCAAGUUCAACCCAUCUUCUGAAAUCAGUCUGACCUGCCAGGCUAUCAGAGACCGCUAGAGUGUGGGGACCCCUCCCCGCAAGUAAGGUGUUUCCCUGACUUGCUCUGGCUGGGAGCCAGGAAGGGGCUUUGCGUUCAUUUGUGCUUCUUUACUGACCUUAUCAGUGAAUAGUGGCUGGUUUGUCUAAAAACUCUCCCUCUC